AUGACACAAGGAGAUAUAUCACAACUGUUUAGCACGCAUUUGGUCAAGGGUUCGGCUUCAUUUGUCUCUUUAACGAGUUGUAGUAAGGUGCUAAUACUAACAAAACUCACUGACGAAUCCGACUACGAUGCCGGCGAAACGUCUGGGAAUGUACUACGGUCCACGCCACCUGGUACCGGAAAGUCAUUUCUUGCCAAAGCGGUCGCAACGGAAGCGAACAAUUCUACUUUCUUCUCCAUAUCCAGUUCCGAUCUGAUGAGCAAGUGGUUAGGUGAAUCGGAAAAGUUGGUAAAAAAUCUCUUUCAAAUGGCUCGAGAGAACCGACCCAGUAUUAUAUUUAUUGACGAAAUCGAUUCACUUUGCGGAUCUAGAGGUGAAAACGAAUCCGAAUCGGCUAGAAGGAUCAAAACCGAGUUUCUUGUUCAAAUGCAGGGUGUUGGAAGCAAUAAUGAACAAGUGCUUGUGCUUGCUGCCACAAACAUCCCAUGGGUUUUAGAUUUUGCGAUCCGACGGCGAUUCGAGAAGAGGAUCUAUAUCCCCCUUCCAGAAACUGGAGCCCGGACAAAUAUGUUUAAAUUGAAUCUUGUAAGCACGCGGCAUCGACUUACUGAUAGUGACUUAUGUGAGCUCGGUCGCCGUUCCGAGGGCUACUCUGGUGCUGAUAUUUCCAUUCUCGUCAGGGAUGCGCUUAUGGCACCUGUUAGAAAAGUUCAGACCGCCACCCAUUUUAAAAGGGUUUCUGCGCCGUCUCCACAUGACGAGAAUAUAACUGUUCACGACUUACUUACCCCAUGCUCACCUGGGGACAAGGGAGCGAUUGAGAUGGACUGGAUGAAUGUCCCGAGCGACAAAUUACUAGAGCCUUACGUUGAUAUGACUGAUAUGCUUGCAGCUUUGUCUCGUUCAAAGCCAACUGUAAAUCAAGAUGAUCUCAAGAAGCUUAUAAAAUUCACUGAUGAUUUCGGCCAAGAGGGCUAG